AUGUUUCUCCCAUACCUCCAUCAAAAAAAUGGAUUCACUGAUGAAAAAGCUAAAGCUGUCUUUGAAAUACUUGAUUCAUUAGUAAAACGACCAAAAUCAUCAUCACCUGAUAUUAAUGAUUCAACUGAUAAUAUCAACCACUACAAUAAUAAAAGAAUUAUUACUAGAAAACGCUGCUUAAAUAAUAAUGAUAGAAUCUCUUCUACAACAGAAUCAGCUUCAUUAUCAUCUUUUGAUGCAUCUUCUCUUGAACAAACUUUGCCUCCAUUUUUCCCAAUAGAGGUGAAUCCUAAUUCCAUAGAACUCUAUUUAAAUUCAUUAGAAAGAAAUUAUGGUGCUUAUGGGUCAGAUAGAUUUAACAACAACAACAAUAAUAACCAUCAUCAUAUUAAUAACUAUAUUAUUAACAAUGAUCGUCACCACCAACAUCACCAUUACCGUAGCAAUAAUAAUAAUCAUCAUUCAUGGACUUUAAUGAACUAUGGAUCACCAACAAUAAAAAACUCUUCAUUAUCAUCAUCAUGUAGAAGAAAAGUAGAUUGUGGGGAAGAUUCAAAUCGCGCCAUUAAAAACCAAAAGAUUCAAAAAACAACUGUUGAUUUGAUUGAAUGUCCAGGAACCCCUCCAAACCAAAUUCGAUCAAUUAAUGAUAUGAAAACACCAGAUACUGCAUUUUCAUUAAGUGAAUAUUUGAAUAUGUCUCCUAUGCAAUAG